AUGGCUUUCAGUUUUUUCACUUACAAGUUUCAAUGGAAGCUAAACAAUGGAAAUACCUCUCGUCAAAGGUUUAGAGAGGAAACGCCGGAGAUUAGAGUGGGAUGGCUGCAGAAAUGCCGUCGAAAUCGUCCGUUGAUGAGAGAAACUUCUUCUGUCCAAUCAGUGAAUAAAGGAACUUGGGCUUAUAACCAUAGGCCCAAUCCUCAACCCUCUCUCUUUCAGCAUCUCAGCAUCGGUGAUGGAAGUGUCAUUCUCAAGCAGAGAGAUUCAGAGAGGUGUGCGUUUAUCAGUAGACUUGAAUUCUCUGGGUGGCCGGAUUCCAACGGCCAAGAGAAGAGAGAAAUCAUGAGAUGUGCUCAUUCUGCUUCCCUUUGGAAUUCAUCUACCGGGAAAUUCAAAGCCUCUGCGUUCUGCUCUCAUCCGUCUACCAGCAGCUGGUCUUCUAUGUCCUUGAUUGUUCAACAAUUCGGAUUUUGCAGAUCUUCAGGAGAACUAGAAGGGAUAAAGUUAAUUUCUCUAGGAUACAAUGAAAUUGCCUAUGCGUCUAGUGGCUGUUGUUAUAAAAAAAAAAAAAAAAAAGUGAUCUUGAUUUUUCUUGUUGGUGAAUUGUUGGUGAAUUGUUCUAUUAUUGGGAUGGUGAAAUUGACUGUGCUAACUUGAAAUGCGAGAGGAAGCAAGUUCAAAAUUUC